AGAAUCAGAACCAGAAACAGAGAGAAAGGGGGUCUCGUUUAGUCAAAAACCGUAGGAAAGAUCUCUGAAACUCCAAGACUCGUUUUCUCUCGCUUUCUCGCUGAAAGACAUUCUUAGGGUUUUCUCUCUUUUUCUGUUCACACUGUUUGGAAGGAAUGCUUCGAAACUAGCGAUUGAUUUUGCAAAAUGUGAGGGAGUUAUAGCUACAGGUUGUUAAAUUGAUUCUCUUUGAUAUUGAUUGCCUCUUUUAAGAAAGUGCAAACAUCUUGCUUCUGUUGCUCUUCACCUAUAUGGCUUCUGCUGGCAUUCCACCUGCUUCGGCGGUUGGAAAACCUAGUGGCAACACAAUGUUUGUUGAUAAGCUGCCAGAAGAAAUCAAUGAAAUGAAGAUCAGGGAUGACAAGGUUGAAAAGGAAAUGGAAGCAACAGUGGUCGAUGGAAAUGGAACUGAGACAGGGCAUAUUAUUGUAACAACUAUAGGUGGUAGAAAUGGUCAACCCAAACAGACCAUAAGUUACAUGGCAGAGCGUGUUGUUGGACAGGGUUCAUUUGGAAUUGUAUUUCAGGCUAAGUGCCUAGAAACUGGAGAAACCGUUGCAAUCAAGAAGGUUUUACAGGAUAAGAGAUAUAAGAACCGUGAGUUGCAAACAAUGCGUCUUCUUGACCAUCCAAAUAUUGUCUCUCUCAAACACUGCUUCUUUUCAACCACGGACAAGGAUGAACUCUAUCUCAAUUUGGUGCUUGAAUAUGUACCUGAGACGGUUUAUCGUGUGGCUAAACACUAUAGCAGGGCAAAUCAACGGAUGCCUCUGAUAUAUGUCAAACUCUACACAUACCAGAUUUGUAGAGCUUUGGCAUACAUUCAUGGGGUUGUAGGAGUGUGCCACAGAGAUAUUAAGCCACAGAAUCUAUUGGUUAAUCCCCAUAUUCAUCAGCUCAAGCUAUGUGAUUUUGGGAGUGCAAAAGUUCUGGUUAAAGGUGAGCCAAAUAUAUCAUAUAUUUGUUCUCGUUAUUAUCGAGCACCAGAACUCAUAUUUGGUGCAACGGAGUACACAACUGCAAUUGACAUGUGGUCUGUAGGUUGUGUCCUUGCGGAACUGCUUCUUGGACAGCCUCUCUUUCCAGGUGAAAGCGGAGUUGAUCAGCUUGUUGAGAUAAUCAAAGUACUUGGGACACCAACUCGUGAGGAAAUCAAGUGUAUGAAUCCAAACUAUACUGAGUUUAAAUUCCCACAAAUCAAGGCUCACCCCUGGCACAAGAUUUUUCACAAGCGCAUGCCCCCAGAAGCAGUAGAUCUUGUCUCUAGACUUCUUCAAUACUCUCCAAAUCUAAGGUGCACUGCUUUGGAGGCCUGUAUUCACCCGUUCUUCGAUGAACUGCGCGACCAAAAUUCCCGUCUCCCCAAUGGCCGCCCAUUGCCUCCUCUCUUCAACUUUAAGCCUCAAGAGCUGAAGGGAGCGUCUCUGGAACUCCUGGCCAAACUGAUACCAGAACAUGCUCGAAAGCAGUGCCCCUUCCUAGGCUUCUAAACAUCUAUCUUCAAUGUUAUGGUGUAACUGUAACUGUGUUCCAUGUUUGUCUUGCAUGUUCUCUGAAAAUUAGAAACACCCCCUGUUUGUUUUUUUUUUUAUUUCGACAAACACUUCCAACUGAUGAAUCAUCGCUCGCUGUGUACGUAUCGAAACAGCGCUAAGUGGAUCUUUUGUAAUCUUCAUAUUAUUUUCAGUCGAGUGUACACAGCUAGCUUGCUUAGCAUCUUUCCAGGAUCAAAUGCAGCAGGGGUGGCAAUUCGAGUUUGUUUUGUGUUAAA